AUGCCUACCUACCUAGGCAAGCUGCUAAUGAAUGUAGGGGGCCAUCUACGAAUUGGGGACCUAACUAGGCAAGCUAAGGUAGGUGGUAGCUUUGGACGCUUGCGGAAUCCUCCUAGCGGCAACCAUAGUCGUACAAAAUACCUCGAAGCAAAGCCGGCCGGUAGGUGGUCGCGGCCCCCAACCCACCCACAUCCCCGCGGCGCCCGGAUAAUCUUCCGAACGUGGCGCACUCGCAACUUUACCCAUCCACCUGAGCUGAUAGCUAAGUAUCUACCGGUAACAAGCCUACCCUAUCACAUUGGCUCGGACAACAUCCCAUAG